AGAUUUAAACGUUGAUUAAAGAUAUAGAAAAUAAUUCUUAAAUUAGAGAAAAGAAGCAAUAAUAUAAUGUAUUGACAUUUUUAUUUAUAGGAGAAAGAGAUACAUAGUUGUAAAAGGCUAAAUAAAUUUUGUAUAAUCGACGUAUUUAAAGUAUUACUUUUCCAAAAUCAUCUGUCACUUUCUUGGAGAAGUAAUAAACGUUAACCGUAUUACGUAUUAAUUAGAAAGAGCUAUUUGUUUUUUCGCGCACGAACUUAGUGCAUAUCGUAAAUUACGAAAAAGAGUGUCAAGUCGGUGUAGGAAUGUGGCACUUCAAAAUGGCUGCCAGUUACUUUAGUAAUUUACGGCUGUACCUUUCUUUGUUGUUGCUGAAGUAAUUACGAUUGUAAAUUGGAAUAGCACAGAAUUAGUUUUAAGGGAAAAUAGUGAAUUAAAAGUUCUAUGUGCACGUUAACCUCAUCACAUGGAUUCUGUGGAAACGUGAGAAUAGAAUAUGCUCUGAAGUCGUUCUCUCCUGAUUGCUGUUUCAGUUAAACUUAUUUCAAGAAAUUUCGUAGCCAAUGCCUUCUGUCUUCUGAAGAAAGUGUGUGCUACCGUAGCCCAUUUUACGUACAGAGGACUUUCUGGAGUGAUCCGUCACGCAUCUAAUGAAUAGAUGUAUGUAUAUAUAUAUAUAUAUGUCACAGCCGGAUUAAAGCUAGGUCUGAGAAGGCCUAGCAUGGGCCACUAUGAAUCCACCCACGGUUAGCAAAUCGAGCACUCGUGGCUCUGGAUAUCAUCAAAAAGCUUUGGCUGAAAUUCGCAAUUCUUUGCUACCUUUUGCGAAUAUCGGAGGAGCAGGCGAAGUAGGCUCCAGCGCUGCUAGUACUAUAUCUACUUUAUCAACGACCAGUGGCAUUAGUUCUGCUUCAGGACUUAGUGGUCUCUCCGCAGCUUCAGGUUCUACCAUUGAUAAAUCUGAUCAACGACAAUUAUUAGCUCAGCUUUUAGCAAUGGGAUAUUCAGAGGAAAUUGCAUUGCGCGCGUUGAAGUUAGCUGGUUGGCGUCUAGAUGCAGCUAUAGAAUUCUUAAAGCAGGCACAGGGAGAAUCUUUGAACGGUCUUGGUAAACUUAACAGCAAAUUAAUAAGGAAACCUAGUUUGGAAAGAGAAUUGAGUUUACAACGUGGUAGUCCCGCAUUGGAUAGUGGAGCAGGAAGCUCACGGUCCGAUAGUCCACGUUUGACAGAACUUAGCCCACAUCCGCAAUUGAGUCGACAAUAUUCGCCGAGCAACUUUGUAGAACGAGAACCACCUCCUCCUCCACCUCCUAGAUGCAGUUCUACACCACCGCCGCCGCCACCGCCUCACGCUCCAUAUAAUCAGCCAAACGUACCUACUAAUAUGCAGCAAAUGCUUAAGAGAAUGUCUCCUGCACCGGUUGUUCCAACGCGGCCACCUCCUACUACACCUGGUAAUACUGGACCAAUCUCAACAUCGGUCAAUCUACCACAAAGAGGUACAAGUCCGGUAGCGAGUUCAAAUAAUAAUUCUAAUUGUCGUCAGCCCAUGAUCGUUCAGAAUGGUCCGCAAGUUCAGCAACAACUUUCUCAACAAAUGCAAGCUCUCAGUAUUUAUCAAACAAGCAAUAACAGUACUAAUACUCAAGUGGAACCACCACCACCGUAUCCCAUAGUGUCUUCUUCGUCGGCUGGUCCAGUACAACCACCAUCUUACAGUGCCUCUAUACAAAACAGGCAAAGUCCUACGCAGUCUCAGCAAGAUUAUCGCAAAAGCCCUUCCUCUGGUAUCUAUUCCGGUCCAACGUCGGCCGGUUCUCCAAGUCCGAUCACUGUUUCCGCUAUAUCUCCGAGUACACAAGCAUCGAUGGCUAGACCGACUCCAUUGCAAGCUUGGGGCGCGCGACAGGCGAAAACACAACCACCGAUCAUUAUGCAAUCUGUUAAGAGUACACAAGUACAAAAACCUGUAUUACAAACUGCAAUCGCACCGACUUCUCCACAACCGAUUUCCACUACUAGUAACACACCUCCACCUCCACCAUCGUACGCAUCGUCCAUUCAACAGAAGCAACAACAGCAACCACAACCGCAACAGCAGCAACAGCAACAACAACAGCCGCAGCAGCAACAGCAGCAACAAUCGUCACAACAACCACCACCUGCGUAUCCACCAUUGAACAGUGGCACAAUUGGUGCAACAUCGACAAAUAAUAUAAACUUGGGUGUUUCGGUAGGAGUGCCUACUACAGAACCGCCAAGUUACGCGACAACGAUGCAAGCAUUAGCAGCACAACGAGGCAUGCAUCACCCAGUACCUCCACCUCCCUAUGGAACGGCUACCACCGAUGAUCCUAGCUGCAUAUCGACGAUAGAUAAUAACACGACCCUAAGGUCUUCUCCAGUCGCAUUACAUCCUCCGUUACAAAGAAAAUAUUCACCGGCAGAUGGAUGUCAACAUCCUACAGAAGCGCCGCCUUUACCUCCAGUAACAUCCACGUCCAUUUCUUUGAGAACUAAUAACAACGUUGGUAACAAUGGUAACACCAGUAACAACAACAGUAAUAGCAGUAGUGGUGGCAACAGCAAUAAUAACAACAACAAUAAUAAUAAUAAUCAUUCACCAGACAGCAAUGGAGCAAAAGGUGCUGGUUCAUCGCCUUCGUCUUACAAAAUCAAGCAUCAAUCUCCGAUACCGGAGCGCAAACAUAUGAGUAAAGAAAAAGAAGAGGAACGCAGAGAUUGUAAAGUCCGUAAUUAUUCUCCGCAGGCGUUUAAAUUCUUUAUGGAACAACACGUUGAAAAUGUAUUAAAAUCUCACAAGCAACGAUUAUACCGUCGGCUUCAACUGGAAACAGAAAUGGCUAAAAUAGGUCUUAGCGCGGAAGCUCAAUGUCAAAUGAGGAAAAUGUUGUCACAGAAGGAAUCGAACUAUAUUAGAUUGAAACGGGCAAAAAUGGAUAAAUCGAUGUUUACGAAAAUCAAACCAAUCGGAGUUGGCGCUUUUGGUGAAGUAACGCUUGUUAGGAAACUCGAUACCAAUCAAUUCUAUGCUAUGAAGACUCUAAGGAAAGCGGAUGUGUUAAAUCGUAAUCAAGUUGCUCAUGUUAAAGCUGAAAGAGAUAUAUUAGCAGAGGCUGAUAACGAAUGGGUUGUGAAGCUCUAUUAUUCCUUUCAAGAUAAGGACAAUUUAUAUUUUGUAAUGGACUAUAUACCUGGUGGCGACUUGAUGUCGUUGCUGAUCAAAUUUGGCAUUUUUAAGGAACCUCUAGCAAGAUUUUAUAUUGCUGAGCUAACGUGCGCGGUAGAAAGUGUUCAUAAAAUGGGUUUUAUUCAUAGAGACAUUAAACCGGACAAUAUUUUAAUUGAUCGAGAUGGACAUAUCAAAUUAACAGAUUUUGGCUUAUGUACAGGAUUUCGUUGGACUCAUAACUCUAAAUAUUAUCAACAAAAUGGACAUGGCAAACAAGAUUCGAUGGAUCCUGCCGACGAUUGGAAUAACGAAUGUCGUUGCAUCCAGUUAAAGCCAUUGGAACGUAGAAGACACAGAGAACAUCAAAGAUGUUUAGCCCAUUCUUUGGUUGGAACACCGAAUUAUAUCGCACCAGAGGUACUACAAAGGACAGGGUACACUCAGUUGUGCGAUUGGUGGAGCGUCGGUGUAAUUUUAUAUGAAAUGUUAGUUGGUUCUCCACCUUUUCUUGCUAAUACUCCAGCCGAGACACAAUACAAGGUGAUCAAUUGGGAAACGACUCUGCAUAUUCCGAAGCAAGCGAAUCUAUCCGCUGAAGGUAUGGAUUUGAUACUAAAAUUAUGCGUUGGUGCAGAUCGGCGGUUAGGUAAGAACGCAGAUGAAGUAAAGAAUCAUCCAUUUUUUGCGAGCAUUGACUUUGAGAAAGGACUGCGUCGGCAAGUAGCUCCUCACAUACCUCGAAUACAAUAUCCUACCGAUACGAGUAAUUUUGAUCCAGUGGAUCCCGAUAAAUUACGAAAUUCGGAAUCGUCCGAUUCUAACAAGUCCGACGAAUUACUAGAUAAUGGCAAACCAUUUCAUGGUUUCUUUGAAUUCACCUUUAGACGCUUCUUUGACGAUGGUGGUGGUCCUGCGUAUCCUAGUCGAAUAAGUUUGGACGAUAAUGACAAUCAAGGUCCAGUUUACGUAUGACAGUAGCUUUAGAACUUUUUGUAUCUGCAAAGUCGACAAUAACGCAAUCAUAUAUCUUCUUUUUUUUUCUUUUGGGAAAAAUCUGAGUUUGUAAAUAUUAUCCGAAAAAGUUUCUUCUGAAUCGACAAGUAGUUAGAAUAAUGUGAAUCAUAAAAUUCUUUGUUAAAUCGUCAAUGCGCACGCGCACGCGCGUCUGUGUAUGACAGAGGGUAAGUGAGUGAGAAAGUGUGUGUAUGUGUGUGUUUGGGUUAAAGUGGACAAGCGAGCAUGCAUACACGCGUGCGCGCACAUACAUAUAAGUACAGUGUGUAUAUGCGCACACCAUGCUAUGUUUUACAUGGGAAGGAGAAAAAGAACAAUGGUCAUACAUAAAACUGAAACCCUCGCGUUUGUUCCUUAGUUUCAAUAACAUAUCAUACUCGUUUGUUUUCUAACUUGUUUUUUUCUUUUUCUCUCUUUUAUUCUUCUUUUUCUUACCCUUGUGUUAUAAUCGCAGAGUCGUUGGAUGAAUCGCUAUUUUUGAAAGGGCAGACUUUUCUUAAUUGAUAACUGUUGGGAUUACGCAGUAUUGUAGAGAAUGGAAUUAUAUGUAAUUGUAAAAUUCAAAUUUGUGGGCAUUCGUCAUGUUUUUACACGAUAACAUUUCUAUAGACUUUUAUUAUUACAAUGUGACGCGAUCAUUCUUAAAAUUUCCUAUAAAGUGUGGUAAAAAAAAAGGAAAAAAGAAAAAAAAUAUGUACGAAUUUUUAAGAAGAAUAUGAAAUUAAUUUUUGAUAAGGCAUAUCAUUUUCUAAACGUGAUAAUUACAAAUUAUGUAAUGAUUACGAAUCGAAGAAAAAAAAAAAAAAAACGGUCGACGGUUGGACAAUAUAUACUCGUAUAUAGUAUGUUUAUAGAAAGAAAAAUAUUGUGCUUGCCAUUGUCAUUGGUAUUGGCUCUUGUGCCUAUCGGAAAUGUGUGUUUGUAUGUUUCAGCAAGUACUGUGAUAUUGCAGAUAAUUAGAAUAAUGCGGCUUUUAAAUCUAUUGGUCUUAUUUAACUUCUUUUUUUUUUACAUUGAACGACUAAUAACGUGACAAAUAUAUUAAUAUUAAUUGUUACUGUAUAGAUUUUUGAAUGGAUGUAAUGUGUUCAUUGCAUAUUUUAUGCGGCUGUUAAUGAUCAAACCUAUCUUCCCAUUUCUUCUUUCUCUCUUUCUUUCUCUUUUCUUUCUCUCUCCUCUCUCUCUCUCUCUCUCUCUCUCUCUCUCUCUCUCUUCUGUUCUCUCAUUUCCUCACUUACUUCUUCUAUUCAUUGAAUAUCCUUUAAGUUUAAGAAAUUUUCAUUGAUUUAUUAUCAUGCCGUAUAUAUUUUACAUGCUGGAUAUCUUUUAUACUCUUCCGAAGUAAUUAGAGGUGUAUGCAACUAACGUUGAAUUUGGUAAUCUAUUUUAGAUUCGACGAUAAGCAGUGAAUAAUUAAAAAACUUUGAUUGCAUCGAAAGUACAUCGUUAGUAAUAUAAUUUAAACAAAAAUACGACAGUAAAUAGUAUUGUUACGCUGACUAAGAUUACGAAUGCAUCGUAAUAAUUUCUAUACCGUAAUUAAUUUUCUAAAAAGCGAAAAGCCUUAAUUUUCAACGGUAAUAGUUGUAUUAAAGAAAUUUUCUGAUUCUGAUAUGUUUAAAAUGGAUCAUUUUCAUCCUUUGUAUCUGAUGUCACAAACAAAUGGGACUUUUAGAUGUAAGCAAAUACCAUUGUUUAUGUUGAUAACUUUCCAAUACUCUAGAAUGGUAGAAAUUCACUAAAUGAAGCACGCUAUUGCAGUAACAAUUUAUUCAGAAUCGUCACCAUGUUUUCUGUUUAUUACUAAUGUGUAAUACAGAUAUCUUCGUAUAUAUCUAUAAAUGUUAACGAACCAGUUGAUUUUUUCCAAAGUAACAUACAACGAUAGUUAUUACACUCGAUUGAUUCGUUAAGGAAGAAAAAUUUAAUAUUAUCAUAGUAGGAUGCUACUCAUUCACAGAAACGAAGAGAAUGAACACUGCAUUACUGUAUGAAUGUAUGUAUCAUGUACAAAGUAAAAAUAACUUUCUUUUCUCUUUCUUUUCUUCUUCUUCUUUUUUUUUAUGCAUGUGUUAAUAUAUUAAUAAUGUAUUGAUAGAAAACAGAAAAACGUUUCCUUUUCGCCUCAAUAGUUAAUUGAAGUUAUAAUAGAUUGAUAAAAAUCGAUAGAUAUAAAAAUAUGUUAAAAUGAUAUGAUAUAAUGGCAACAAUACUGAUUGGUAUCUGAAAAUUAACUUCAAGUUUUACAAAAUUUUGUUUUGUUUUUUAUCUGUUCCAUAUUAAGAUUAAUUUGGAAACUAGCUGAAAUAAUUACUACUAAUUUGUAUGCUUAUUGUGUGCUGUAUGUACCAAAGGAAAAGUAAGUUUUUAUGUAAGAUGAGAAGAAGAUUGAUAAAAAAAUACGAUAAAAUAUCUAUUUUUUAUGCCUACUUUAUGAUCAUUUUUAAAUGAUCCCAUGUUAACAACAGCAGGUGAUAAAUGUUUAUAUACGUGUUCCCGAACAAUGACACAUUGUAAUACGUAUGUAUAACGGAAGAAACAUAUUUGAUACGAAAGAAUACAAAAACAAAAAUAAAAACAGACAAUCAGAAAUUAAAGGAGAUUAAUUUCGUCUUUUAUUUCUUUGAUAAAUCUAUAUUAUUUUAUAUUAUAUUUAAAUACGAAAAGUAAAUUGAGUGUGUAUUGUCAGAAAAGUAAUUUCAAACAUCUUUUCGUAUGUACAUUUUAAGGAUUCUUACAACCAUUUUAAUAAUCUAUUAAUAUUAUCGAUUGAUAACAAAUGAAAAAAAGGAAAAUGAAGAGGAAAAUCCUAGAAAUUUUAUGUAUGAUGCAUUUAAAUCAACAAUUUGCUAUUUGCAAACAUUAAAAUAUGAAAUCAAUUCAUACAUAUUAUUUAUUUAAAUUGGUACAAAACAAUGAAGCUUACGGGAUAUGCAUACAUACAAAUAUAAAAUCGCUGGUUGGUGAAAAGAAUCGAGUAUUGUAUUACAUCACAUUUCACAAGUAACGAAUAAUGAAUACCAAAGGGAUUUACUCUUAUUGUCAUAAAAGUAACCCUAGUUCCCAGUCAACAAUUGCUAAUUUUACUUUUUGUAUACAUACUUUUACAUCUAUAUCUUUAGUUUAUACGAAGUAGAUACAUGCGAAACAGUGACAUUUGUAUGUAGUUUCAUACAGUUCAACAAAUGCGAUCUUACAAUUAAUACGAACAUUUGAGAACAAAGCAUUAACGUAUCUUUUAUUAUAAACUAGAAACGAUCAAUUAAGAAAUGAUAUACGAAAUAGAUAUAUGGAAAAACAUCGUGUUCGUUGUGGGUAUUCGUUGCUCGAUUGUUAAAAUAUAUUUGCAUAUGUUUUUCUGAAUACUAUUCACUAUUCAUUAUACAUUGCAUCAUAGAAUAGUUGAAAUGAAAUGAUAACCUACUUUUAUUAUUCAUACACAACAAUCGAUAUUUAUUAAAAUUAUUCCCUUAACACGAUGCUUAUCGCACCGAUUUAACAUGGAUUGUUUCUUUUUUAAACGUUUACUUGAUUUGAUGAUUCGAUGAUACCAGUAAUUAUUCACAGAAAAGAAGUAAAGUAAAGUAAAGAUGGUCUGUGUACUAUAAGUAAAUAUUGCAAUUUAAUAUGAAAACUGUUAUUAUACAUGUAAUUGUUUAUACAUUAUGUAUCUAAUACAAAUGGUAGUUCUUAAAAAUUAUUAUUGUAGUAGCAAUAUUUUUUCAAAGCACCAAUAGAAACAUGUAUAUGAAAGGUAAAAGUAAGUGUUUGUAUUUUAUGAACAUGUAGCAGUCAACAUGUUAAACUUAAACAUAUAAUGAGCGACAAGUACCUCUUAUUAUGUAUCAAAAAAUAUUCUUAUAUUAUGAAAUAUAUAUGUAUAUAAUACUUUACUUCUGUAUGUUAUCCAGCUAUAAAAUAAUACCCAUUGGUUUCAUAUUAAAUUAUAUGCUAAAGCAAGUUUGACUCACCUAACAAAUUGUAGUAUCAUUGAAAGUUCAAGGUUUCACAUUACAGAUUUGUUUCAUAAAUUAUAUCUAUUGCAAUUACAAUACGAUAUAUAGAUCUGUUAAUUUGCAUAUUAUAGGCAAGCGUUUCUGAAUUAUAGUUGUACAUUUUGUAUCAUCCUUCUUUGCUUUGUAAUUAUAUCACGAAAAGAGGAGAAACAAAUUAGUUUUGUAAGGUAGUAUAAUAUAUUAUAAACUUUGUAUAUAUUUUUUGAAUAAUUAUUCUAAAUUAAAAAUACGUUUAAUGCUUAA